GAAGGUAGCCUUCGGGGACAGGUCAGUUGGUUGGGAGUAGAGGGGGCAACUCCUUGAGGUGGGGGUUCGAACUCUGCCGCCUUCCUUUCUCUGACCUGUUCGCCUGUCAGUCUAUCACAAUGGGUUGAUUUACAUCAUACGCGUGUGUUGCAGACUCGUGCGCGUGGACUUUGGGUUUGAUCCGCAGGCAUCUAAGUCCAACUACGGUCCGAGCGUUAGGUGCGUCUGAUGGCCAGGUCUGGAUAGGGGACUGUUAGGCGCGGGUGGUGGCCAGUUCGUCUCUAUCAGCCUAUCAUAAUGGGAUGAUUUACAUCCUACGUGUGUGUUGCAGGCUCGUGCGCGUGGACUUGGGGUUUGACCCGCAGGUGCCUAAGUCCAACUACGACCCGAGCGUUAGGCGCAUCUGGUGGCCAAGUUUGGAUAGGGGACUCUUAGGUGCUUACAAACCGUUUGUAAGGUAGGUAGUCACGGCUUUUCAAAUGUAUAAAAAAAAAAAUAAGAAGGUAACCGUUUUACACGUAUCACGUAUUAGACAAUGCUGACGUCAUCAUAGACGUCAGGUUCUGGUUUCUCUGGGUUUUCAAUUGGGUCGCUGUGGCUCCUUCUUCCAUUAUUGUUUGACUCUUUGGUAGUUUAGCAGAAGCUGCCACCACCAUUGAUUUCUCUCUCUCGACUCUCUACUGAUUAAAUAUGAUCUUUGAUUUUGGUUUGCCGUUCUGUUUUCUACUUCACCAAUUCACUCAUUUGCUUGGGUAAUCAUCACUUUGUCUUCUUCUUCCGCCACACAAAUUCAGAAGGAAAAAAAAAAAAAGAAAGAGAAAGAAGCUAAGCACGAGGUCAUCGAGUGGGUCUCGUUCAUGGCGUGAAAACCUGUUUCUUCGUCACCGGAGUUGCCUUUUUUGGGGGGAUGUAACCGUCACUUUUUCCUGCACAAUUCACUGUUCUCUGUAUUUAUGGAGUUGGGUUUCUGCAAGAGUUUCCAGGUUGGGGGAAUUUUGAGUUUUUCGAAGGCGGAAUCCCUAAUUUCUGGGUGGUGAGUUAAGUUCCCGUUCCGAAGUUUUCGAGUUUUGGGUCUUGUUCUAGAGUGGCAAUCACGACUAUAAGCUUGAGCAUCGCUCGUUAUGAUUAUUAUAUUGUUUCUGAUGAUCACAGUCGAAUCUUUUGUCCAUAAAUGUUAGUCAAACCAAUCUCAUAUUGCUGCUUCUCCGUGCAACAUUUAUCGUCUGGGAUCAAUUCUUGUGCUACAUAGCUCGUCCAUCGCGGAAUUUUCGAGGUUCUGUCUCUUCAGAUCCCCAAGAUUCCGUAGUUCCAAGUAUAAAGUCCGAAUAUUUCAUUGCAUAUACAUCAAAGUCCUACUUACUUUCUGGUUUAUUUAUUGACCUUAGCAUUAAGGUUUUACAUUUAGUUCAAAGUUCAAUGAUCAUCAUCAUAUCAUACACUGUAUGAGUCGACUUUGUUCAUGUCGAUUCUAUGUGGGUUGUGCCCUAUUCUAGAAUGUGUUUACUGUCUGGGGUGUGCACGUUGGGCGUGGAAACGCUGCCUUUACACGGCUGGUCAUGACAGUGAAGAUUGGGGGAUUGCAUCUGCUGAAGAGUUUGAACCCGUCCCUCGGUUAUGCCGUUAUAUCUUAGCUGUUUACGAGGAUGAUAUCCGUCACCCGCUCUGGGAGCCACCGGAAGGCUAUGGAAUAAACCCUGAUUGGUUGAUUCUAAGGAAAACGUAUGAAGACACCGGAGGGCGUGCUCCUUCAUAUAUACUAUAUCUUGAUCAUGAUCAUAGUGAUAUAGUUCUAGCAGUCCGGGGGUUGAAUAUGGCAAAGGAGAGUGAUUAUGCUGUGCUUUUGGAUAAUAAUCUCGGGAAGAGGAUGUUCGAUGGUGGGUAUGUUCACAAUGGGCUGCUGAAAGCUGCAGGAUGGGUGUUAGAUGAGGAAUGUAACGUCUUGAAGGAUCUAGUCGUGAGCAAUCCGGGUUAUACUCUGACUUUUGCAGGGCAUUCCCUUGGGUCAGGUGUCGCUGCAAUGUUGGCUUUGUUAGUGGUAAGGUAUCCUAAUAAAUUGGAGAACAUAGAUAGAAAGAGGGUCAGAUGCUACUCUAUCGCACCUGCAAGGUGCAUGUCAUUGAAUUUGGCUGUCAGAUAUGCAGAUGUGAUCAACUCUGUUGUUCUUCAGGAUGAUUUCUUGCCCAGGACAGCGACGCCUCUAGAAGACAUUUUCAAGUCGCUUUUCUGUUUGCCGUGCCUGCUAUGCAUAAGAUGCAUGAAGGAUACAUGUAUUUCAGAAGAGAAGAUGCUCAAAGACCCUAGGAGGCUAUAUGCACCCGGCCGCAUGUACCAUAUCGUUGAAAGAAAGCCUUUCAAACUAGGAAGGCAUCCUCCAGUGGUGAAGACAGCGGUGCCAGUAGACGGGAGGUUCGAGCACAUUGUUCUUUCUUGUAAUGCAACUUCCGACCAUGCCAUCAUUUGGAUCUUACGGGAAUCCCAGAGGGCUCUCGAUAUAAUGAUGGAGAAGGAGAAGAGGAUGGAAAUACCGGCGAAGCAACGGAUGGAGAGGCAAGAAUCUUUAGCCAAAGAGCACAACCUCGAGUACAGAGCAGCCCUUCAACGUGCUGCAACUUUGGCCGUUCCUCAUGCCGACCAACCUCCUUCCCUGUACGGAACCUUCCACCAUGAGCAAGAAGAAGAAGAAGAAGAAGAUUCCUUGAUCGGGUCAUCAGUGGAGGGAGAAUCAUCAUCGUCUCCCCUCCUGCCAUUCGAGAGAAGCAGGCACAGCAGCAAGGUGAGCUGGGACGAGCUUAUCGAGCGACUCUUUGACAAGGAUGGUUCCGGUCACUUGGCCCUUAAGAAAUCUCAGAGUCUCCGAUGAUCAACUUGAUGCGGUCAUUCUCAUGAGCUGGGUUUUUUGUGGGUUCAAAUUUAUCCCUUCAUUCCAUGAUUUAUUCAUACGGAUGAAAUUAUGUGUAGAAACAUGUUGGUUAAUUGGACCGACCAUACCGGUCUCGGUUUUUAAAUAACCAUUCGGGUAUUCAUUCCA